AUGAUCGAAGAAGGGUCUAUUGAUGACCGGGAUACUUUUCUCCAUGCGGUGAGGGAUAUUCUUAGCAGUUACUCAGGUAAGCAGGGUUUUUGCACAAAUCAUAUGGUGCAACCUACUGGAAGUAGGAAUAAUUCAUUCUUCCCAGUUUUUGUAGGUUCUCAAACAAUGACACCAACAUAUGUUUCAGCAUGUGCUUUGGUUGAGCAGAUAUCUGAGUUGGAGGAUGAGCUCCACUGUUAUCAGCAUGAGCUUGAAAAUGUUCUUCCACGUGAACGGGGAAGAUUUAUCGAUGAACAAUGCAGGAUGGUCCAAAUACUCGAGCAGAUUUUAUCUGUACCCGUUACACAUAUGCUACCAAAAUUUACACCAUGGCCACUGGCGCAAGCACUUGAAGAAUUGGAAAUGAUCAGCUAUGAAGUCUCUGCUUCUGUUAAUGAAGUAAUGAUGGCUCGAGAGGAAAAGACCAAGAUGUUACAGCAGCCUUCACGCAAUGCGCAGCAGGAGAGACGCGUAUUCGCCGAUUUCUUCUGCCAUCCAGGACGGCUUGAGAAUCAAGUCAGAGAGCUGACUUCUCGUGUUAGAGGAAUCCCGGAGUAA